GAGCUCAGUCUGAGGAGGAAUCUCACUAUUAUGUGUCCACAUGUUGCUCCAGUGAUCCUUCACUCAACAAGGUUAUUUUGUAGUGGGACAACAGGAGUGUGUGCUGCAUGUAGUGGAGUUAUGGUGCUGACGGACCGGUGCAAAGAGGAGAGAGUGAUGAGUUCCUGCUGCAUGAAGUCAGGCUGUUCCUUGAAAAUGUGAUCUGAUGAUCUGCAACUUGUGACAUCCAGCAGAAUAUCAUGGACAAACCACUUUCUGCCUCAGCCUGAUGACAUCACUGAUACUGAGACAAAGGAUCUAUCAUCAGAACUGUUUGGAAUUUAUUAACUUAAUCGUACUUAAAGUCUGCUUCUUCAUUCGCAAUAUUUUGGAUAUCAAGCAGAGGGAAACUAUUUGGGAUUUCUGUGCAACAAGAAACAUACAUAUAAAACAUUUAGAAUAUCUCAAGUUUGUUGCUGCUGUCUCACCAGGCAGAACAUGAGUGUGUGACCAGUGUGUGUGUGUGUGUGUGUGUGUGUGUGUGUGUGUGUGUGUGUGUGCGCAGUGAUGACCUGAAUCACUGCUUUUCACAUCUGGAAACAAAACAAAAUGAAGGGCAGGAUGGCAGAUUCAAAUAAAUCAAGUUUGUACGAGGACAAAAACACGGGACAAGACAAAAGGCGGAUAAAACGAAGAAAGAUGACGCCAGCGCAGAAUCAGAGUUUAUCAGCCGUGCACUCAGAAGCUGAAACAAACUGGGAGCAUGGUUUGGAGCGUGGAGCAGAGCAGCUGGCCCAGUGGUACAAGUGGGACCGGGCCUCAGAGCAGGUCCCUGCUGUACUGAGUCCCACCUAUAAGCAGCGCAAUGAGGACUUCAGGAAGCUUUUCAAGCAGCUGCCCGACACUGAGCGCCUCAUUGUGGAUUAUUCCUGUGCCCUGCAGCGGGACAUCCUCCUGCAGGGACGCCUCUACCUCUCAGAGAACUGGAUUUGUUUCUACAGCAACAUCUUCCGAUGGGAAACCUUGCUGAUGGUACGAUUGAAGGACAUCUGCUCUAUGACCAAGGAGAAGACGGCCCGCCUCAUCCCCAACGCCAUCCAGCUUUGCACUGACAAUGAAAAGCACUUUUUCACCUCAUUUGGGGCGAGGGACCGGACAUACAUGAUGAUGUUCAGACUGUGGCAGAAUGCCCUGCUAGAGAAGCCUUUAUGUCCAAAAGAGCUGUGGCACUUUGUCCAUCAGUGUUACGGUAAUGAACUUGGCCUGACCAGUGAUGAUGAGGAUUACGUUCCUCCUGAUGAGGACUUCAACACCAUGGGCUGCUGUCCGUCUCCGUGGUGCAGGUACUGUGAAGAGCUGCCCGUGGAGGAAACCAAUGAGCAGGGCAAUGACACCAGCAACGCCCUCGCCAAGAACACUGAGGCCAAACCUGAUGUCAGCCCCAUCCUGCCCCACAAAGCCUUCCCCAACAAUGCUACGCCAGAGCUGCCCAGCACUGACUCUUCAGUUCCUCAGUACGACCUGGCACCUGUGGAGGAUGUAUCCAGCCCUCUCCCAGACGCAGACCUCUUGACCCUCCCCAUGCUCGAGAACCGCAGCAGCCAGCAGAUGAGCCCGCACAGCAGCCACGUCCCUUCACCGUCACCGGACCUCAACGACAAUGAGGACCUGCCCACCGAGCUCAGUGACUCAUCUGAGACGCAUGACGAAGGUGAGGUGCAGGCUUUCCACGAGGACCUGAGUGGCAGGCAAUACGUCAACGAGGUGUACAAGAUUGGUGUGGACAAGAUGUAUGACUUACUUUUCACUGAGUCUGAGUUCAUGAGGGACUUUAGGGAGCAGAGGAGAUUCUCAGAUGUGGUGUAUCACCCCUGGAGGAAAGAGCAGGAUGGUAACCAGACAAGAGCGAUCAUGUACACCCUCGCCCUGAAUAAUCCUCUGGCUCCCAAAACAGCCACAGUCACUGAGACACAGACUCUGUACAAGGCGAGCCAGGACAAUGAGUGCUACAUUAUCGACGCAGAGGUGAUCGCCCAUGACGUGCCCUACCACGACUACUUCUACACUCUCAAUCGCUACAUGCUCACCAGAGUAGCCAAGAACAAAUGUCGUCUUAGGGUGUCGACAGAGCUUCGUUACAGGAAGCAGCCAUGGGGGCUUGUGAAGGGCUUUAUUGAGAGGAACUUCUGGAGUGGCCUAGAUGAGUACUUCAGGCACUUGGAAUUGGAGCUGAAUAAGUUGGAUGUGCUGUUAGUGGAUCCUCACAGACAGUCGCCCAAGAACAAGGCUCUGAGGACGGGCACUAGCCGGAGGAGGAAACGAACGCUCGUCCAUCACCUGAGAACGCCGGGGAAUAUGGACGCUGCCUUGAGCCCUGUCACCACGCCUGAGGAUGAGGAGGACAUCCACCACAUCAAACAUGUGGCAGGUUCCACACAGACCAGACACAUACCUGAUGCUCCAGGAGGCCUCACAUUCUACAGCUUCUCCAGACUGCUGCUUCUCAUCAGCCUUGUGAUCUGUAUAAGCCUGAUACUGGUGGUGGUUCUAAACGUAAUGUUGUUCUACAAGCUGUGGAUGCUGGAGUACACCACACAGAGUUUCACUGCAUCGCAGGAAAUGAGACCAGAAGAAAGACCACCUCAGACCCAGCUGGAAUGGGUGCAGCUCAUGGACUCCCAGCAGCGUUACCAUGACGACGAGCUCCAGAAGUGGAGAGACAUAAUCAAAUCAUCACUGCUGCUGCUUGAUAAGCUAAGAGACUCCCUUCUCAACCUCCAUAAAAGCAUUGGCCUCAGGGACUACAACUCUGAGUCGGACAAAAGGAGAAACCAGUAUCACUGAUCGAUAAUAUCAAGGCAUGCGGACAUGAUGUGCAAUAUUAAGCCUACCUUUUCUGAGCCCGUGGAGAGAGUGUGGCCUUUUAAAGGCAGUGCUUGGAGUUCAGUCAGAGAGCUUUUUCAACAGUUCAAGUGACCUCAUCAGCCUGCAGUAGAUGAGAGCACACUAACACACCACAAUGUGUCCUGCUGAGAGACUAAAUCAUUGGCAGGCCUCGUCUGUAGCUUUACUUCUGUCUUGUUCAUCCACAUUCUCCACCCGAAGCUGUAUCACUUUUUUUUUUUCUUCUUCUUGUCACAUACAGACAAAGAUUAGACUGAUCCAAAGCAUGCAACUUUUUCUGGCUUCUGAUAUUUUGCCAAGUGAAAAUCCAUAUUGGAAUUAAAUAUGCAUUCACUUUCAGAGGUGCAAAAAUACAUACAAAUUUUUCUUCCCCUUCGAGGAACUCCGACAGCUGCUGUAUCUCUUCGUUUUUUUACCUUUGAAACUGGGAAACACGAUAAGAGACUGUAAUAAAUCCACAGCCUGCAGUAUUUCAACCUAUUUUUUUGCUCAGCAGAACUAUGAAGAAUCGAGAUGUAACGGCAUACAUGUGCAUGUGUGGUUGGGUGAGUGCAUAUGUGUGCAUGUGUGUAUGUGUGGGAUUUAUAAGAUGUAUAUGGUAGUCAGGGCUAUUUUUACCAGGCAUAUCAGGCAGAUCAGGGCUGGUUUCCCUGAGAGCUUAUGCCAUACUUUUGUGAUUCUAUGUUUAUGUUUUCUAUGGCAUAAAUAUUCUGAACUCUGGCUGGGGCAUCGCUCUGCAGUUCUGAGUUAGUGACAUGUUGAAGAGGAGGAUUUGAUUUGCAAGCAGAGAGAAUAUAUGGAAAGAAAGCAGGAAUGCGUAGCUGAAGGUGGCACAACUCCAAGUUUCCUAACGUGUUGCCAAGGUAAUAAAGAAAUGUUUUGUUCACAGCCAACCAUCAGUGUCAUUCCAGUGUUUUAAUGAUUUACUCUGACACGUCUCUGCUGCUCCAUCACUGCCAAGGCUCACAUGUCAACGUUAUUAUCCUGUUACCCUAUUUAAGCCAUUUCAUUGCAUUACAUUGAUUCAUGUGUAAUUGUCAUGUAAAAGUAAAAAUGUACUGUGGGCGCACAGUCCCGCCAUGAAGUAGGAUCAAUGUGAGUUGCAGUGAAAUUCAAUAUGUGCUAUGUUUCUGCACUGCAGGUAUGUUCUGCAGAUAUCAAUCAUGUUUUGGUGAUUUUACAAACAUUUCUCAGGAGCAGAGCUGAUCUGCAUCAGAUAUAAACUGGCUGGUUUGAGGUGGAGGUCAGCAGGCAGAGACACAGAGCCACAGUUCAUUAGUAUACAGCUUAGGGCUCAUUUAUACUCCCUUUAUCCAUGAAAAUAGAUAUGUCCAUUUCAAGCGUCGCAAACAUCACUGUCCUCAUACUUCCAUGCAGCCUUUAUGAUGGCAUAGAUACAGCUGUUGGAUGGCACUAGAUGGCAGAGUUGAGCAUUUCACACAACAAAUCAGGGGACAGUGGAGGAGGUCAUAAUACUGUACCUUUAAAAAGGGGCAGUGUUAGAUAUGGUUGGUGGUCUGUGAGGCCAUUAAAUACAUCCCAGCAUGUGGAUGAAGAGUUCUUUUCACCAGGGCUGCCCCCAACUAAGAAUUUUCCUAGUUGACUAAUAGUUGUCAUUUAGGGCCGUUACUUGACUAGUCGCCUGAGUGUUUACGAUAUUAAUUCAGGUCUGAGAAAGAAUAGUAUCAGUACCAUUGUUAACACUUUUGAUUUAUUUUGACAAGGUGCAGCUCCUAAAAGAGUUUCCCUUUUUUUAUAUAUAUAUUACUAUAUUAGCCAUUCAUUCUGUUCUGCCAUUAUUUAAAUUUUGUCGUCAUCUCCUACAGUCGUAUCUUGCUUGAAGUAUGCUACACUGCCUCCUUGUUUACAGGUGGUACUGCUCUGUUUCAUCUGUACCCAUAAGCUUUCAGAAAACGUGCACAAAUAUGGACAAAAAGAAUGCAGGGUUUGGACAGAAGGCUGUGUCCAUCUCCAUACCUAAUGUUGAGCAUUAAUGAGCCCUUGCAAUAGCUAACAGGCAACCUCAAGAGCAAACAAGAAAUCAUUCACUUUAAAAUUGUGCAAGUGGAUGGUGGUAAAAGGGUCUGAUAAAGCACCACCCACAGGUUUCCGACCACUUUAAAACUGUACAAAUCAGUACUUUCUGAUGAGGGUCACUGACGGACCCACACAGAUUAAUCACCAAAUGUUUUAUACUCUUUUAGCUUAUUGUUUUGGUCAUACUGUCGCAAACUCUGCCUGCAUCAAUUCAGAUUUUAGUGGAUGCAGCAGUUGGUGGAAUCCAAACCAGGAGUCCAUUCCUGAAAUUUGCUUUGGUGUAGCCUGGGUCCAGACCUUAGAAUCUGCCGACUCCAACAAGUUCACUGAUUCAUCUGGAAUUAUGACAAGAAACAAGUUUCUUUAUUGAAAUGAAAAGAAAUCAAUAAGCACUGUACAAAAGACCCAGCUCUUUCUGCUGUGUCUUGGCCACACCCAGCCUCACAUGCAGCACUGACACACCCCUGCACUCAGUUACCUCUGAUUGAGAACUGUUGGUCCUAUAAAUUGCAGUCAACACAGAUACUCAGGUUGGUCACACAAAGCAAGUCCACAAUGCCUUGUCUCUCCCACUCAUUGAGUACAUUUCCUGAUUAGAUUGCAAAAAGAACCAAACCAUGCAAACAAAACCAACUUUGUUUCAUCCCCAUCCAAUCACAGCUAAAAUGCCAAAAAAAAGAGGAUAAUAUAAAGUAAGUAUCCCCCACUUUAGCAUAGAAAAAAACUAAAUCUGGCCUGUUAUGGACUACUGGACUAUGAUAAAUAAAACUGAAUAGCAUUAGCUUUACAAAACUCCAACUCAUUUCAUCAAGAUAUAUGCUUCAUCAGAUAAGCUCUGUCCUCUCUAACUCCUUGACUUCAGUUUCAUUUAGAUGUCAAGGAAUAUUUGGCUCUAUCUACUGAGGUUUACCUCUCGCCAGCGGUUUCUGCCUCAGAGGAAUGUUUGUCUAAUGAAACACCACACUGUUUACCCAGUGCUGAUACUAUUUUCCAGAAAAUGUGUCCAUGUCCCAGUAGGAGGACUUGGUCUCUGUCAGUGUGUGCAGAAAUGUAAUCAGUCACUGCCAGUGAAGCAGCUAUAAGAAUGUGUCUGUUGAUACUUUCAUGAGUAUAUUUAUACGUCAAACCCUUGACGAAACUGUUUGGGAUCAGUGUGUCAGUAUAUGUCUUGCAGAAACUCUGCGUUGCCAUGUUUGCCUUUUCUUUUCUUUUCUUUUUUUUUCUUUUACUGACACUUGUCCAACCUUUGAAAAUGUUUUCUAAUUUAAGGAUGAACGUCAAACUAUUUAAAUGUGUGAAAAAUGUUGAAAUUUUAAAGAAGGGAUAUGAAAACAUUGUCUUUUUGGUCUUACAAGGUUUCUAUGCUACACUGUUGCAUGCAGAAUAUGUUUUACAGUUGAUUUUUAAUCCUCGAAAAUGUCCUGUUUCAUGAAAGACUAACCAGGAAAGCAUUAUUGAGUUUUGUGUAUGACGCAAAAUCCUUGCAGUGUGAGAAAUGUAGGUGAGCUGAGUGUCUAAUAUACUGUAAAUUGCUGCAAAAAGAAAAAAAGGCAGAGAUUUAUUUUUAUGUGUAUGGUGUAAGAGAGAAGAAGGCAUAUAAAGCUAUUACAGAAAUGUGAAAA